AUGUUUCAGGAGCUGCAGUAUCUGCCUCGAUUCGAUACUAUCAUCAAUAUCUGGAACGGUGAGCUCUGUUUAGUCAAGGACCCAGCUACAACCAUCACCUAUAGCGACUUUCUUGCGUACAGCUCUACGAUGCAGACUGGGGCCCGAUGCCAGGCUACACCAGUUUCUGUCGUACAUGGAGGCUGGCACAUCCUCAACCCACAGAUCUAUUCGAUGCUUUAG